AUGGAAGGCUGUGACUCGCCCGUCGUCUCGGGGAAGGACAAUGGGUGCGGUAUCCCUCAGCACCAGCAAUGGACUGAACUCAACAGCACCCACCUCCCCGACAAACCCAGUAGCAUGGAGCAGUCCACAAGCGAGAACCACGGGCCCCUGGACAGCCUGAGGGCCCCCUUCAAUGAGCGCCUCGCGGAGAGCUCCGCCUCGGCCGGCCCCACCGCCGAGCCCGCCGGCAAGGAGGUCAGCUGCAACGGGUGCUCGGCCUCCUUCGCCAGCCUGCAGACCUACAUGGAGCACCACUGUCCCAGCGCGCGCCCCCCGCUGCCCCUGAGGGGGGAGAGCGGGAGCGACACCAGUGAGGAGGGGGACGAGGAGAGUGAUGUGGAGAACCUGGCUGGGGAGAUAGUCUACCAGCCCGAUGGCUCGGCCUACAUUGUCGAGAGCCUGAGCCAGCUGACCCAAAGCGGGGGCGCCUGUGGCAGCGGCAGCGGGCCCCCCCCCUCGCUCUUCCUGAACUCUCUCCCCGGGGCGGGGGGCAAACAAGGGGACCCUUCUUGUGCUGCACCAGUCUACCCACAGAUCAUCAACACUUUCCACAUAGCCUCAUCCUUCGGGAAAUGGUUUGAGGGCCCAGACCAGGCUUUCCCGAAUACCUCAGCCCUGACGGGGCUCAGCCCCGUCCUGCACAGCUUCCGCGUGUUUGACGUGCGACACAAAAGCAACAAGGAUUACCUGAACAGCGACGGCUCCGCCAAAAGCUCCUGCGUAUCCAAAGAUGUUCCCAACAACGUGGACCUGUCCAAAUUCGAUGGCUUUGUGCUCUACGGCAAGAGGAAGCCCAUCCUGAUGUGCUUCCUGUGCAAACUCUCCUUCGGGUACGUCCGUUCGUUUGUGACCCACGCGGUGCACGACCAUCGAAUGACCCUGAGUGAAGACGAGCGGAAAAUUCUUAGCAAUAAGAACAUCUCCGCUAUCAUCCAAGGGAUUGGCAAAGACAAGGAACCCCUUGUGAGUUUUUUGGAACCAAAAAACAAAAACUUUCAACACCCUUUAGUUUCUACGGCUAACCUCAUAGGCCCCGGACACAGUUUUUAUGGGAAAUUUAGUGGCAUUCGGAUGGAAGGGGAGGAGGCUCUCCCAGCCGGCUCUGCUGCCGGCCCCGAGCAGCCCCAGGCUGGUAUCUUGACCCCCAGCACCCUCUUGAACCUUGGCGGGCUCACCAGCUCGGUCCUGAAGACCCCCAUUACCUCAGUCCCCCUGGGGCCUCUGGCCUCCAGUCCUACCAAAUCCUCAGAGGGCAAGGACUCUGGGGCAGCAGAAGGAGAGAAGCAAGAAGUAGGCGAUCCGGAUUGUUUCUCCGAGAAAGCAGAGCCAGCCGAGGAGGAGGCAGAGGAGGAAGAGGAGGAAGAAGAGGCAGAGGAGGAGGAGGAAGAAGAAGAGGAGGAAGAAGAGGAGGAGGAAGACGAGGGUUGCAAAGGACUCUUUCCAAGCGAGUUGGACGACGAACUGGAGGACAGGCCCCACGAGGAGGCUGGGGCCAUGGCAGGUAGCAGCAGCAAAAAGGACCUUGCUCUCUCAAACCAAAGCAUUUCUAACUCCCCCUUAAUGCCUAAUGUGCUCCAGACCUUGUCGAGGGGCACAGCUUCUACUAGUUCUAAUUCUGCUUCUUCCUUUGUUGUCUUUGAUGGUGCGAACAGGAGGAAUCGUUUAAGCUUUAACAGUGAGGGCGUCAGGGCCAAUGUGGCAGAGGGCGGCAGGAGGCUGGACUUUGCUGACGAAAGUGCCAAUAAAGACAAUGCCACAGCACCAGAACCAAAUGAAAGCACAGAGGGUGACGAUGGGGGCUUUGUCCCCCAUCACCAGCACGCUGGCUCCCUCUGUGAGCUUGGGGUUGGGGAAUGCCCCUCGGGGAGCGGCGUGGAGUGCCCCAAAUGCGACACGGUCCUGGGCUCCUCCCGCUCGCUGGGCGGCCACAUGACCAUGAUGCAUUCUCGUAACUCAUGUAAGACACUUAAGUGCCCCAAGUGCAACUGGCACUACAAGUACCAGCAGACACUGGAGGCUCACAUGAAGGAGAAGCACCCGGAGCCGGGGGGCUCCUGUGUCUACUGCAAAAGCGGGCAGCCCCACCCUCGGUUGGCACGAGGUGAGAGCUACACGUGUGGUUACAAGCCUUUCCGCUGUGAGGUGUGUAACUACUCCACAACUACCAAAGGCAACCUCAGUAUUCAUAUGCAGUCCGACAAGCAUCUCAACAACAUGCAGAACCUGCAGAACGGAGGGGGGGAGCAGGUGUUCAGCCACUCGGCCGGGGCGGCGGCGGCGGCGGCGGCGGCUGCGGCCGCAGCGGCCAACAUCGGCAGCUCCUGCGGGGCCCCCUCGCCCACCAAACCAAAAACCAAACCCACCUGGCGGUGCGAGGUGUGCGAUUACGAGACCAACGUGGCCAGGAACCUGCGCAUCCACAUGACCAGCGAGAAGCACAUGCAUAACAUGAUGCUGCUGCAGCAGAACAUGUCCCAGAUUCAACACAACCGCCACCUGGGCCUCGGCAGCCUGCCCUCGCCCGCCGAGGCCGAGCUUUACCAGUACUACCUGGCCCAGAACAUGAACCUGCCCAACCUGAAGAUGGAUAACACUGCCUCAGACGCCCAGUUCAUGAUGAGUGGAUUCCAGCUGGAUCCCGCCGGGCCCAUGGCCGCCAUGACGCCUGCUCUAGUGGGCGGUGAGAUCCCCCUAGACAUGCGCCUCGGGGGCGGGCAACUGGUGUCGGAGGAGCUGAUGAACCUGGGCGAGAGUUUCAUCCAGACCAACGACCCGUCUCUGAAGCUCUUCCAGUGUGCCGUGUGCAACAAGUUCACCACGGACAACUUGGACAUGCUGGGGCUGCACAUGAACGUGGAGCGCAGCCUCCCGGAGGACGAGUGGAAGGCCGUGAUGGGGGACUCGUACCAGUGCAAACUCUGCCGCUACAACACCCAGCUCAAGGCCAACUUCCAGCUGCACUGUAAGACCGACAAGCAUGUGCAGAAGUACCAGCUGGUGGCCCACAUCAAGGAGGGUGGCAAAGCCAAUGAGUGGCGGCUCAAGUGUGUGGCCAUCGGCAACCCUGUCCACCUCAAGUGCAACGCGUGUGACUACUACACCAACAGCCUGGAGAAGCUGCGGCUGCACACGGUCAACUCCAGACACGAGGCCAGCCUGAAGCUGUACAAGCACCUGCAGCAGCACGAGAGCGGAGUGGAGGGUGAAAGUUGCUAUUACCACUGUGUCCUGUGCAACUACUCCACCAAGGCCAAGCUGAACCUCAUCCAGCACGUGCGCUCCAUGAAGCACCAGCGCAGCGAGAGCCUGCGCAAGCUGCAGCGGCUGCAGAAGGGCCUUCCCGAGGAGGACGAGGACCUGGGGCAGAUCUUCACCAUCCGCAGGUGCCCCUCCACCGAUCCAGAAGAAGCCAUUGAAGAUGUUGAAGGGCCCAGUGAAGCGCCUGCUGACCCAGAGGAGCUUGCUAAAGACCAGGAGAGUGGAGCAUCGUCCAGCCAAGCAGAGAAGGAGCUGACAGAUUCUCCCACGACCUCCAAACGCAUCUCCUUCACAGGUAGCUCAGAAUCUCCUCUUUCUUCAAAGCGACCUAAAACAACAGAGGAGACCAAAUCAGAGCAGAUGUACCAGUGUCCCUACUGCAAGUACAGCAAUGCCGACGUCAACCGCCUCCGGGUGCACGCCAUGACGCAGCACUCUGUGCAGCCCAUGCUGCGUUGCCCCCUGUGCCAGGACAUGCUCAACAACAAGAUCCACCUCCAGCUGCACCUCACCCACCUCCACAGCGUGGCACCUGACUGCGUGGAGAAACUCAUUAUGACGGUGACCACCCCUGAGAUGGUGAUGCCCAGCAGCAUGUUCCUCCCAGCAGCUGUUCCAGAUCGAGACGGGAACUCCAAUCUGGAGGAGGCAGGAAAGCAGCCUGAAACCUCAGAGGAUUUGGGAAAGAACAUCUUGCCCUCUGUAAGCACAGAGCACAGUGGAGAUUUGAAACCUUCUCCUGCUGACCCAGGGGCUGUGAGAGAAGAUUCAGGCUUCCUGUGCUGGAAGAAGGGGUGCAACCAGGUUUUCAAAACUUCUGCCACUCUUCAGACCCACUUCAAUGAGGUUCAUGCCAAGCGGCCUCAGCUGCCUGUGUCAGAUCGCCAUGUGUACAAGUAUCGCUGUAAUCAAUGCAGCCUGGCUUUCAAGACCAUUGAAAAGCUCCAGCUCCAUUCUCAGUACCACGUGAUCAGAGCUGCCACCAUGUGCUGUCUUUGUCAGCGCAGUUUCCGAACUUUCCAGGCUCUGAAAAAACACCUUGAGACAAGCCACCUGGAGUUGAGUGAGGCCGACAUCCAACAGCUUUAUGGUGGCCUUCUGGCCAACGGGGACCUCCUGGCAAUGGGAGACCCUACCCUGGCCGAGGACCACACCAUAAUUGUUGAGGAAGACAAGGAGGAAGAGAGUGAUUUGGAAGAUAAACAGAGCCCAACAGGCAGUGACUCUGGGUCAGUACAAGAAGACUCAGGCUCAGAGCCAAAGAGAGCUCUACCUUUCAGGAAAGGCCCCAACUUCACCAUGGAAAAAUUUCUAGACCCCUCUCGCCCUUACAAGUGUACCGUCUGCAAGGAAUCCUUCACUCAAAAAAAUAUCCUGUUAGUGCACUACAAUUCUGUCUCCCACCUGCAUAAGUUAAAGAGAGCCCUUCAAGAGUCAGCAACUGGUCAGCCCGAACCCACCAGCAGCCCAGACAACAAACCUUUCAAGUGUAACACUUGUAAUGUGGCCUAUAGCCAGAGUUCCACUUUGGAGAUCCACAUGAGGUCUGUGUUGCAUCAAACCAAGGCCCGAGCAGCCAAGUUGGAGGCUGCAAGUGGCAAUAGCAAUGGGACUGGGAAUAGCAGCAGUGUCUCCCUGAGCUCCUCCACCCCAAGUCCUGUGAGCACCAGUGGCAGUAACACCUUUACCACCACCAAUCCAAGCAGUGCUGGCAUCGCUCCGAGCUCCAACUUACUGAGCCAAGUGCCCGCUGAAAGCGUAGGGAUGCCGCCCCUGGGGAAUCCCAUCGGUGCCAAUAUCACUUCCCCUUCAGAGCCCAAGGAGGCAAAUCGGAAGAAGCUAGCAGAUAUGAUUGCAUCCAGGCAGCAGCAACAGCAGCAGCAGCAGCAACAAGCACAGACACUGGCCCAGGCCCAGGCUCAAGUUCAAGCUCACUUGCAGCAGGAGCUGCAGCAGCAGGCUGCCCUGAUCCAGUCUCAGCUGUUCAACCCCACCCUCCUUCCUCACUUCCCCAUGACCACAGAGACCCUGCUGCAGCUCCAGCAGCAGCAGCAUCUCCUCUUCCCCUUCUACAUCCCCAGUGCAGAGUUCCAGCUCAACCCUGAGGUGAGCUUGCCAGUGACCAGCGGGGCACUGACGCUGACGGGGACGGGCCCGGGCCUGCUGGAUGAUCUGAAGGCUCAGGUUCAGAUCCCGCCGCAGAGCCACCAGCAGAUCCUACAGCAGCAGCAGCAAAGCCAGUUGUCUCUGUCCCAGAGUCACUCGGCCCUUCUGCAGCCAAGCCAGCACCCCGAAAAGAAAAACAAACUGAUCGUCAAAGAAAAGGAAAAAGAAAGCCAGAGAGAGAGGGACAGUGCUGAGGUGGGAGAGGGCAACCCAGCACCCAAGGAAUCGCUGCCGGAUGCCUUGAAGGCUAAAGAGAAGAAAGAGUUAGCACCGGCAGGUAGUUCCGAGCCUUCCAUGCUCCCUCCGCGCAUCGCCUCAGAUGCGAGAGGGAACGCCACCAAGGCCUUACUGGAGAACUUUGGCUUUGAGCUGGUCAUUCAGUACAACGAGAACAAACAGAAGGUGCAGAAGAAGAAUGGGAAGACUGAGCAGGGAGAGAACCUGGAAAAGCUGGAGUGUGACUCCUGUGGCAAGUUGUUUUCUAACAUCUUGAUUUUAAAGAGUCAUCAAGAGCACGUUCACCAAAACUACUUUCCCUUUAAACAGUUAGAGAGGUUUGCUAAACAGUACCGAGAGCACUACGAUAAACUGUACCCCCUGAGGCCUCAGACCCCGGCUUACAACUUUAGCAAUCCUCCUAUCACGAGCCUGGAGGAGCUCAAGAUUGACUCCCGGCCCCCUUCUCCGGAACCGCAGAAGCAGGAGUACUGGGGAAGCAAGAGGUCUUCAAGAACAAGGUUUACAGAUUACCAACUGAGAGUCCUACAGGAUUUCUUUGAUGCCAAUGCUUACCCAAAGGAUGAUGAAUUUGAGCAACUCUCUAAUUUACUGAACCUUCCAACCCGAGUCAUAGUGGUGUGGUUUCAAAAUGCCCGACAGAAGGCCAGGAAAAAUUAUGAGAAUCAGGGGGAGGGCAAAGAUGGAGAGCGGCGCGAGCUUACAAACGAUAGGUAUAUUCGAACAAGCAACUUGAACUACCAGUGCAAAAAAUGUAGCCUGGUGUUUCAGCGCAUCUUUGAUCUCAUCAAGCAUCAGAAGAAGCUGUGUUACAAAGAUGAGGAUGAGGAGGGGCAGGAUGACAGCCAAAAUGAGGAUUCCAUGGAUGCCAUGGAAAUCCUGACACCCACCAGCUCCUCCUGCAGCACCCCAAUGCCCUCACAGGCAUACAGCGCCCCAGCAUCAUCGGCCAACACAGCUUCCUCUGCUUUCUUACAGCUCACGGCAGAGGCUGACGAACUGGCCACUUUUAGUUCAAAAACAGAGGCGAGUGAUGAGAAACCAAAGCAGGCUGAACCUCCCAGUGCACAGCCAAACCAAACCCAAGAAAAGCAAGGACAACCAAAGGCAGAGCUGCAGCAGCAAGACCAGCCUGAGCAGAAGACAAACACAGCCCAGCAAAAGCUCCCACAGCUCACUUCCCCUGCUGCGUUGCCACAGCCUCCUCCACAAGCACCCCCACCUCAGUGCCCCUUACCCCAGUCAAGCCCCAGUCCUUCCCAGCUCUCCCACCUGCCCCUCAAGCCCCUCCACACGUCGACUCCUCAACAGUUGGCAAACCUACCUCCUCAGCUAAUCCCCUACCAGUGUGACCAAUGUAAGUUGGCAUUUCCAUCAUUUGAGCACUGGCAGGAGCAUCAGCAGCUUCAUUUUCUGAGUGCACAGAAUCAGUUCAUCCACCCCCAGUUUUUGGACAGGUCACUGGAUAUGCCUUUCAUGCUGUUUGACCCUAGUAACCCACUCCUGGCAAGCCAGCUGCUCUCUGGGGCCAUACCUCAGAUUCCAGCCAGCUCGGCCACUUCUCCUUCAACUCCGACCUCCACAAUGAACACUCUGAAGAGGAAGCUGGAGGAAAAGGCCAGUGCAAGCCCUGGAGAAAAUGACAGUGGGACAGGAGGAGAAGAACCUCAGAGAGACAAGCGUUUGAGGACAACUAUUACACCAGAACAGCUAGAAAUACUGUACCAAAAGUAUCUAUUAGACUCCAAUCCAACUCGAAAGAUGUUGGAUCACAUUGCGCAUGAGGUGGGCUUAAAGAAACGUGUGGUACAAGUCUGGUUUCAGAAUACCCGAGCCCGGGAACGGAAAGGACAGUUCCGGGCUGUGGGCCCAGCCCAGGCCCAUAGGAGAUGCCCCUUUUGCAGAGCACUCUUCAAAGCCAAGACUGCCCUUGAGGCUCAUAUCCGGUCCCGUCAUUGGCAUGAAGCCAAGAGAGCUGGCUACAACCUUACUCUGUCUGCAAUGCUCCUAGACUGUGAUGGGGGACUUCAGAUGAAAGGAGAUAUUUUUGAUGGAACCAGCUUUUCCCACCUACCCCCAAGCAGUAGUGAUGGCCAAGGUGUGCCCCUCUCACCUGUGAGUAAAACCAUGGAGUUAUCUCCCAGAACUCUUCUUAGCCCUUCUUCCAUCAAGGUGGAAGGGAUUGAAGACUUUGAAAGCCCCUCCAUGUCCUCAGUUAAUCUAAACUUUGACCAAACCAAGCUGGACAAUGACGACUGUUCCUCUGUCAACACAGCAAUCACAGAUACCACUACAGGAGACGAGGGCAAUGCAGAUAAUGACAGUGCAACGGGAAUAGCAACUGAAACCAAAUCCUCCUCUGCACCCAAUGAAGGGUUGACCAAAGCGGCCAUGAUGGCAAUGUCUGAGUAUGAAGAUCGGUUGUCAUCGGGUCUGGUCAGUCCAGCCCCAAGCUUUUACAGCAAGGAAUAUGACAAUGAAGGUACAGUGGACUAUAGUGAAACCUCAAGCCUUGCAGACCCCUGCUCCCCGAGUCCUGGUGCAAGUGGGUCAGCAGGCAAAUCUGGAGACAGUGGGGAUCGGCCAGGGCAGAAACGUUUUCGCACUCAGAUGACCAAUCUGCAGCUCAAAGUCCUCAAGUCAUGCUUUAAUGACUACAGGACACCCACCAUGCUAGAGUGUGAGGUCCUGGGCAAUGAUAUUGGACUGCCAAAGAGAGUUGUUCAGGUCUGGUUCCAGAAUGCCCGGGCAAAAGAAAAGAAGUCCAAGUUAAGCAUGGCUAAGCAUUUUGGUAUAAACCAAACAAGUUACGAGGGACCGAAAACAGAGUGCACUUUGUGUGGCAUCAAGUACAGCGCUAGGCUGUCUGUACGUGACCAUAUCUUUUCCCAACAGCAUAUCUCCAAAGUUAAAGACACCAUUGGAAGCCAGUUGGACAAGGAGAAAGAAUACUUUGACCCAGCCACUGUACGUCAGUUGAUGGCUCAACAAGAGUUGGACCGGAUUAAAAAGGCCAAUGAGGUCCUCGGACUGGCAGCUCAGCAGCAAGGGAUGUUUGACAAUGCCCCUCUUCAGGCUCUCAACCUUCCUACAGCAUAUCCCACGCUCCAGGGCAUUCCUCCUGUGUUGCUCCCCAGCCUCAACAGCCCCUCUUUGCCGGGCUUUACUCCAUCCAACACAGCUUUAACGUCUCCUAAACCGAACUUAAUGGGUCUGCCCAGCACAACAGUUCCUUCCCCUGGCCUCCCCACAUCUGGAUUACCAAAUAAACCGUCCUCAGCAUCGCUGAGCUCCCCGACCCCAGCACAAGCCACCAUGGCGAUGGCCCCUCAGCAACCCCCCCAACCCCAGCAGCAGCUACAGGUGCAGCCGCCGCCGCCCGCAGCCCAGCCACCACCUGCACCACAGCUCCCACCCCAACAGCAGCAACAGCAGCGCAAGGACAAAGACAGUGAGAAGGUCAAGGAGAAGGAAAAGGCACACAAAGGGAAAGGGGAGCCCCUCCCUGUCCCCAAGAAGGAGAAAGGAGAGGCCCCCACAGCGGCCACAGCCACGAUCUCAGCCCCGCUGCCCGCCAUGGAGUAUGCAGUGGACCCUGCACAGCUGCAGGCCCUGCAGGCAGCCUUGACUUCGGACCCCACAGCGUUGCUCACGAGCCAGUUCCUUCCUUACUUUGUACCAGGCUUCUCUCCUUACUAUGCCCCCCAGAUCCCCGGCGCCCUGCAGAGCGGGUACCUGCAGCCUAUGUAUGGCAUGGAAGGCCUGUUCCCCUACAGCCCUGCACUGUCGCAGGCCCUGAUGGGGCUGUCCCCGGGCUCCCUACUGCAGCAGUACCAGCAAUACCAGCAGAGUCUGCAGGAGGCGAUCCAGCAACAGCAGCAGCGGCAACUGCAGCAGCAGCAGCAGCAGCAAAAAGUGCAGCAGCAGCCCAAAGCAAGCCAAACCCCAGUCCCCCAGGGGGCUGCUUCCCCAGACAAAGACCCUGCCAAAGAAUCCCCCAAACCAGAAGAGCAGAAAAACGCACCCCGUGAGGUGUCCCCCCUCCUGCCGAAACCCCCCGAAGAGCCAGAAGCAGAAAGCAAAAGUGCGGACUCCCUCUAUGACCCCUUCAUUGUUCCAAAGGUGCAGUACAAGUUGGUCUGCCGCAAGUGCCAGGCGGGCUUCGGUGACGAGGAGGCGGCAAGGAGUCACCUGAAGUCCCUCUGCUUCUUCGGCCAGUCUGUGGUGAACCUGCAAGAGAUGGUGCUUCACGUCCCCACGGGCGGCGGCGGCAGUGGUGGCGGCAGCGGUGGCGGCGGUGGUGGCGGCGGCUCGUACCACUGCCUGGCGUGCGAGAGCGCGCUCUGUGGGGAGGAAGCUCUGAGUCAACAUCUCGAGUCGGCCUUGCACAAACACAGAACAAUCACGAGAGCAGCAAGAAACGCCAAAGAGCACCCUAGUUUAUUACCUCACUCUGCCUGCUUCCCCGAUCCUAGCACCGCAUCUACCUCGCAGUCUGCCGCUCACUCAAACGACAGCCCUCCUCCUCCCACCCUAUAAUCUCCCACUUAA